GCUUAGGCCACAAAAUGGAGUCUUUAUUGUUCUUAUUACAGUGCAAGAAAAUACCUCUAGUUUCAGGAGCUUAAUUUGAAGUUACGUUUUAGUAGAAAUGUCUGCUGUGGCGUCAGAAUGGAGCAAAUUAUUUGGGAAGCGUUUUGAAUUGACGUUACAAUAUUCCAGUGAAUGUAAAGAUCAACAGGAAAGUGGGGACGACCGAACAUUUCGCACUCAUUUUCUUGAUCAAUUUUUGCGGCGUAAAGAAGAAUUGAAAGAUGAAUUGAACUUUACAAAAUCAGAAUUGAAUGAUUUUGAUAUUCAAAUAUGGCGUACACAUACAAAUUUUAUGAACCUUUGCGGACAUCUCACAAGGUAUUGUAAGAAACAUUUAAAUGCUGAGUUAUGCACCCAAGCCUGGCUGAAAUUUUGCACUAUUCUUAAUACAUUUGACUUGGUAGAAAGAGAUUUAGCCAAGAAAGAAGGAACACUGACCAGUGUUCAUCUUUGUGAAGCACCUGGCGCGUUCGUAACAUGUUUGAAUCAUCAUAUUGCUAUUAGAUAUCCUGGUUUGUCACUAAACUGGAAAGCAACAACUUUCAAUCCAUACUAUGAAGGCAACAGCAUUCAGGAGAUGAUAAAUGAUGACAGAUUUAUUAAAAACACACUUCCCAAUUGGAUCUUUGGCGAUGAUUUGACAGGCAAUAUUAUGAGCCUAAAAAAUUUGCAGAGCUUGAAAGAAGUUUGCAGGGAAAAUGUUCAAAUAGAUUUGGUAACUGCUGAUGGCAGUAUUGAUUGCUCAGAAAAACCUGACAUGCAAGAAUCUCUUGUUGCACAGCUGCUUUACUGGGAAUUUGUAACAGCGCUGAAUAUUAUAUCACCUAGAGGAAAUUUUAUCAUGAAGGCAUUUACUGUGCUUGAAGAAUUCACUAUUUCAAUGGUUUAUCUGCUCUGCACUGCUUUUGAACAAGUUCAUUUUUGCAAGCCAGGUCCAAGCAAACCUGGGAAUUCGGAAGUAUACAUUGUCUGCAUCGGUUUUCGUGGCCUAGAUGUCCUUGGAACAAAUUUCUACGAAGUUAUAAUGCAAAGAACCAAUUCAUCUGAUUUCACAUCGAGCCUUUUUCCUCUUGAAGAUAUUCCCGAUUGCUUCCUGUCAAAGCUUCUGGAAUGCGAAGAGUUUUUCAUUCGCCACCAGAUUCAAGCAAUCCAUUCUAAUAUCAGCAGUUUCCAGCAUUUGCCAGGCAAAAGAAAGAAGUUUAUAAAUGGGCAAAAAGAUCUCAUAUGCAAAAUGUUCGUUAAAAAUUUCGAUUUACGACCUCUAGGCUCGAACCAGACUGUGACGUACGUGAAAGGUGCCUCUCCGGACAAAAUUCCAAGCUCUUAUUGCAAGGAACACAGUCACAACUUCACUUCUGGCAACUUCUACGAAAGAUUACAGCAGAAGAGGUCUACAUGGCUCGAGCGAGCCAAUUUAGACGGAUCAAAUGAAGACGUCGGGGCACAUUCGUACACCUAUCAUCUGUUUUCAGGCAGUUUUCAAGAGAUCACAGAAAGUGAAAUUAUUGACUGGCGUCCCAUUUUAGGUAAGAAGUUUUCGACAGUUGCAAGUACUCAAUUCGCCUCGAACUACUUAAUUAAGGACUUGUUUGAAGCUAGACAGUUAAGUCUGACGUCAAACGUGAUUUUUGGGGAAGAUCAUGAGACGUUGAAUAGAGAAUUGUUCUUCAGAGAUGCAGCAGUCGUGAAAGAAUUGGAAGAAUUGCUGCAUCUAAGUACAUACAGUGCGCCCUGCGCCCUAAAUAUCAACUACGAAGACAGCUGCAAAGUCACCAUUGAUACAGUCGAACUGGCACCGUUAAGACAAAGUGAAUGCGUUUCUGUCACUUCAUUAAGUCGCAACACAACUCCAACAUCCAAGAGCAGUGACAAGAGUUCGCAACUUGUUAAAACAGUUACAGAAAUGAUUGGUAUUACGAACAACAGCAACGACAAGACCAUUGAUUUGCUGUUUUCAUCUGCUUACGAAUCUAACGAAGUCCUUGGUGGUGAAACUUCCAAAGAUGCCCUUUGUUCAGUUUUAGCCCUUGGUUUAAGUUUGCUAAAAGAAGGAGGCAUGCUAAUUUGCCAAAUCGGUGACAUUUUCACGAAUUAUAAUGCUGGGAUUGUGUAUAUUUGCACACGACAGUUUAGUCGCACAGGGAUCUUGAAGCCAAAAUCCUGGCGUGCUUCUAGACUGUUGAUAUGCCAGGGCUUGAACAAGCCGAACAGUUCUUUAAUUAAAUAUUUGAAGAAACUGCUCGUGUUAAGAGGUGAGAUUUUGGACGGAAAAUUGCAAGAAAACGAUGUUAUUCAUACGUUGCCUAUUUCAUGCACUCUCGAAAGUGAAUUUUUAGAUUUUAUGAAACAAACUAACGAGUCGUUUAGCAAGUUUCAGUUAAACUCGAUCAAACACGCUCAAAUGAUGAAUAAAACGUGCCUAUAGUAUUCGUUGGUUUAAACUUAAACGCACAGCUCUGUUUUUAGCUAAUGUCUAUUCGGACAGUAAAAGCUCUGUUGCGUUGCGUUGCAUUUAUCAUAGCUCAGUUACAUGAAUCAGAACUAAAUGGUUCCUUGCUCUUCUUCCACACCCUAUUCUCAAGCAUUCCUGACAACCAAAAUGUACCAAACCAUGUUCGAGGCUCUUGUCAUUUGAAGGACAAAUCGUUAGUUCUGAAAAGCGUUAAAAAAUGAUAAUAGAGAAAUAUAUGUUAGCAUUAUAUCAAUCUGUAUCUCUUGCGUUUGAAGCUGUCGAUAAAUCUAAGAUUGGUUGAGCUACGGUUCUUGUUAUCUUUACCAUAAGCUGAAUCGUGAUGAAAAAGUAUCUUCCUCUAUUGAAUUUCAAUCAGCGCCCAAUUUAAGGGUAUUUUCCAAGAGCACAAAUUUCUACAUGGAUCUGGCCGCGCCUUCGUUUUUUGUGGAUUUGAUUUCGAUCAAGGGGCCAAUCAGUUCGAGAGGUAUUGUAAUCCAGUUGCUCAAUUCAUCAUUCAUCUUGUGCAUGUCUGUAUUGACAAUGAAACCAAGCUUUUCUGAGUGGCUUCCAUGUUGUAGACACCUUAAUUUGUUUGGUUAUUCCAUUAGUCUGCAAGAAGUCCCUUUGCUGAAAGGGAAUUCCACGAGAUUACCGAGACCAAUCACUGAGGGCAAUACAUCAAGCAACAUUGAACACUACGAACAUAUGCCCACCAAUUCUUCUAUAUAUUUCCUUGUUUGCCUUGCCUAUCUGGCUAUGAUUAUCGUACCAUCUGCGAUUAAUGAUGGUUGUAGCAAAUCGUCCAAACGUUCUGCACUGCAAGACGAGGCGUGCAUGGCGAUUGCAAAUACAUAUCCAUGUAUGUUUUCCUUACUUCCCUACCAGUUCUUGCACAUAUUGAUGUCAUGUGAUCACACUACAUAUGUAUUUCAACAACCCCAGGAUAGCUUACUUUUCUCUUCCUUUGCUGCCAACGUUUUCAAAAGAUGAAUCUUUGUCUAUCUUGUCUCUUCUUCUUUUACGUGCCAGAUCUUUAUCAGUGCCAGCCUCAACAAUGCUUUUGAUACUAAUCAAUAAUUCUUUUUCCGAAAGCCUUACUACUUCUUCUUCUUGCCGCUCUUCUCCUAUUUUAAAUCAACUCAACAUCGCUUAGGCUAGUGUUGAUUUUAAGCACAACACGAUAAGUUGGUUUUGCAAUUCUGUCUCUCUUCUUAUUUGAACCAGCGAAAUCCAAGAAGCUCCGGUAACAAUUCUAAACAUGUCUAAUUAUCUCAGAAAAAUGAAUGAAAAGGCUCGAACUAAGAUAUCAAUGCCAGAUGGUUGUCAUUUUAGGUUAUGAUAGCAACCCCUUUUCAAGAAGGUCUAAAAUUAACUCUUAUCAAUUAUUCAUCGUGUAGAAGAUUUAAGAAAAGGGAACCUUUUGGAAAAUGUCAGUUUUUACCUAGUUGAACAAAAACGAAACUGGCAAUAAUUUUGCUUUUCCCAGACCACUUUAUCAAAUCCCAAGCCACUAUUGGUGGGGAAACACGUUUAGAUAAGGCACUGAUUUGUAUUCCCAUAAAAGGGUGUUACCUUUCAAACCUUUAUGUGCUCAUCUUGCAAGAAGGCAUUUUGUAUUAUUCAAAUGUUCUUUGUAAGCCACAAUAUCAGUUUAUGAGAUGACUUUCUCUGCAAAUUUUAUCAGGAAAAUGUUUUUGGGAUUUUUCUCUAUAAAACCUAAAGUAGGUUUAUUUCUUCUGCAAAACCCUAUGAACAUAUGCUUGCAUGGAAAAUGACUUGGGUUUUGUUUGUCGACAUUGAAAGAGGUCUAUAAUUAGUUAACAAUUUUUAGCAAAUAAAUAGGUAAGUUUUCAAGACAGUAAAGGGCUCUUCAAUGACUGACGGCUUUGGAUUCACUUUGCGCAAACCCUUGUCAGCAAGUCCCAACCCUGAAGAUCAGGCUGUCUGUAGACAGUUUAUACUUCCUGGUAUUGUUGGUAAUGUUUUUUGCUUUGAUGAAGCCCCGUAUGCCGGGGCUAAAUAUUAGCCAUAACUGGCUUAAGUGUGUUUGUUGUUGUUCAUUCUCGUCGUGUUGUGGUGUUACUUAUUUACUACAUUUUUUAAAUAUUUAUCUAAUCACGACAUUCAUUCAGUGUCAAUUAUGAAAAUCCUAAUUACAAAUAAAAGUUAACUAAUACAGUUGAUAAUUUAAAUAAACAGAUAUAAAAACCAGUACUGUUCUUCCAUGGAUUCUUGUGGAAAUGUUUUUCUUCAGUUUAGGAAAUGACUUUUUAGUCCAUUCUUAAACAGUGUUAUUGUAUUGGACUCUCUUAUGUGUUUUGGGAUAGAAUUCCAGGUUUUUAGACCAAUGUGAUUAAAAUUCUUCUACUGAAGUCUAAAUUUAGCCUUGGGAUUUGGA